UCAUUGCCACAUUACCGCCUGAGCUUGCGGUGAAGAGAGGCGCUCAUCCACCAUCGUAUUCAGUACGAUCACUUUGAUCAUUGCAUGGUCAAAACGGCCUAGCGCGCGAUUCAUGAACAAAUCUACAUCCAAACCCAGUAGUGGACUCAUACCAGAAGCCGAAAGCAGCUCUUAUUACCUCCUCAGCAGCCGCCGUCAGGUUGACGUUGAACUUGCUCCUAUAAACCCGUUCUCUCUAACUUGGUCGCCAUGGCAACUGAGGAGAAGAAACCAGACACAGAGGCUACUAAAACACAGCCGGCAUCAUCUGCCUCCGCCAGCCAGAGCAAGUCAGCACCUGUGAAGCCAAACUACACCUUGAAGUUCACACUGGCUGGCCAUACAAAAGCAGUCUCUUCUGUCAAGUUCAGUCCAAGUGGGGAGUGGCUCGCCAGCUCAUCUGCUGAUAAGUUGAUCAAAAUAUGGGGUGCAUAUGAUGGCAAGUUUGAGAAGACGAUAUCUGGACACAAACUUGGCAUCUCAGACGUGGCCUGGUCCUCUGACUCCAACCUCCUGGUCUCAGCUUCCGAUGACAAGACCCUGAAGAUCUGGGAUGUGAGCUCUGGAAAGUGUUUAAAAACACUGAAGGGUCACAGCAACUAUGUAUUUUGCUGUAACUUUAACCCCCAGUCCAAUCUCAUUGUAUCUGGAUCUUUCGAUGAGAGCGUGAGGAUUUGGGAUGUUAAAACGGGGAAAUGUCUGAAGACACUGCCAGCUCACUCGGACCCCGUCUCUGCGGUUCAUUUCAACAGAGAUGGUUCAUUGAUUGUGUCCAGCAGUUAUGAUGGACUUUGCCGGAUCUGGGACACAGCAUCAGGCCAGUGCCUUAAAACACUUAUCGAUGAUGACAACCCACCUGUGUCUUUUGUGAAGUUCUCCCCCAAUGGCAAAUACAUCCUGGCUGCCACUCUGGAUAACACUUUGAAGCUUUGGGACUACAGCAAAGGAAAGUGUUUGAAAACUUAUACCGGUCAUAAAAAUGAGAAGUACUGCAUAUUUGCUAAUUUCUCUGUCACUGGUGGAAAGUGGAUUGUCUCUGGUUCAGAGGACAACAUGGUCUAUAUCUGGAACCUUCAGACCAAGGAGAUUGUACAGAAACUACAGGGGCACACAGAUGUGGUGAUCUCAACCGCAUGUCACCCCACAGAAAAUAUCAUCGCAUCAGCAGCACUAGAAAAUGACAAAACCAUCAAACUUUGGAAGAGCGACUGCUAAGCCUCAAGCUUAUUUUACUUUAUUAUUUUGUUAUUUUUUUAAUUUUCUACUGUUCAUUAUGUGGGGAGGGGGGUAAGAGACUUUUGUUUUUCAUUUGAAAGGUCACGCAAUGCCGUUCACAUUGACAUCAAGGCUCGGCAAGAGCAUUGGUGAAAGCGCCCUACCCGACAUACCCUCUCCUAACACAGCACCCCUCUCUCCACUCAUGUGCACUAAAACAAUCACUUUCUCUCUGCCUUGCCACCAGCUCUCGUUCAUCAGUUUAAGCAUCCAGCAAAACUUUUAACCAGACUGUAAAUCUAGGCAGCUUUGUUUGAAAUUCACAGACCUGUUAGGACAAAGAGAGCGUUCAUGUCUGUUUUUUUUCCUGUAAGUUUUGUAGAAUCAGUGAUGGUUUGCACACUUUCUGAAGCCAGCAGAACGCCUUGGGCACAUUUUUAAGUGGCCAUUUUAACCGAAAUGUUUGGAGGAUUAAAUUUCUCUUCUUGAUUUUGUCAUUUCCAUGAGCGAUUUGCAGCUUCUCUCCACUAUUUGGCCAAGAAGAGGUUUCGCAAACUUCAUCUGUGAACACCUGAAAUACUUACCUUGACUUACUGAUGUCAAAUCAAACCUCCAUGUACGAAAUGUGUUGUGUGGCAGAAGGAUGUUUUGAACAUCCACUAUUUCAUGUUUUUUUCUGUAAAUGUUAAAACAGCAAUUAAAUCAAUUCAUUGUGUUAUAGUUGCUAAGCUAAUUGUCAGACAUCGUUUAUGGUUUUCAGUGGCUUUCAGUGUCGUCUAGGCAGUGCUAACAAUAAAACUCCUUUCUCUUUUGUUAUGAAGGCUUAUUGCAGUUACAGAGAUGAUGUAUGCCAAAAGUUCACUUUAUUCCUUCAGCUGUAACUACCUGUAACACCUUUUGUUCAUAUCAGUUUUGGUGCUUUUGAUCAAUAAAACUACAAUACAUCGGGAUGGAAUAGCUUGGUCAGCUUUCAGAGAAAGCAUUAUCAGUUAAAAGGAAAAGUUACUAGUAGACUGAAGUUUCACCAACUAUAAAUAUUCAUUCUAAGCUACAAAGAAAAAAAAUCCUACCUGCACAAUCUGGUAAAAGACAAACCGUUUCUAACUGUUAUCUGGUUACAGUUACACACGCAAGGAGGAGUGUUGCUGUGAUCUGAAUAUGCCAUAACCUUGUAUCUCUUGACCAAAAGCAGUCUCGAUGUAUUAAGAGCCUUGAGGUGUUUUGUGUACCUGACACUUUGUACAUACUUGCAGCUUCUCUGUUCUUUGAUAUGUUUACCUUUUGUUCUGUGGUAUUUUUAACGGUCUCAAGUAGCUGAGAGUACUUCAAAACUGUUUUAUUUUUUCUGCUUUAUGUGGAUGAUGGUUUGUCAUAAACCCAUCCUCUGCUUCUGGACUCGCCAGAUUUCCAGUGCACUGCAGUGAUGACAGGGGCCGCAUGAGGAAUUGUAUCUGUAUUGCAUUUAGUCACUUUGGACAUGACCUGUGACUCAAUAAAGAUUUUUUUACCUCUA